AUGGACAGCAAAAACAUAAAGUGCUUGGAUGACUCAGGUGGUCAGGCGAGCCAUGAAGAUAGUCCAAUUACCUCAAUGCGAGCUCAGCAUAGAAUCAGAAAAAAGCAGACAUCGGGCUCCACAAUCACCCCAGACGCGCCGCAACGGCAAAUCGGCCGCUUGCGAGCCGUGUCGGACUUCGAAGCUCAGAUGCGAUCACGCGAGGCCUGUAUGCGGGAGAUGCACGGCAAGAGACAUCGCCCGGCAAUGCUUCUAUCACCCUUCUCCUAUGACGAGAAGCGCCAAUGGCACCCGAGGAAGAUUGUCGAGCGAUUUCCGAGUGCACAAGCCAAGCAGCCCAAGGCCCAAAUCUCUAGCGAUUCUAGCCGAGCCUCGUCACUGGAGAUUGCAUCCUUCAAACCUUCAGGCACUCCUGCCCUGGAGCUCCCGUCUACCUCGCCUGGUUAUCUGGGAUCCACGAGCUACUCUGCAGUGCUUGCAGAGCAUCAGAAAGACAUCCCGGCGGACAUCGAGGGCGGGACCGAGUCAGGCAGCGUCAUGCAGACUGUCGAUCCGGAGCGCGCCCAGUCCGGGCUGAGAGUGUUAUCAUUGUUGUACAACCUCUCGUUAAUUGACGCCCUUAUCCGGAAAUACUACCAGAGCAAAUGGUUCAUGAUCUUGCCGUACGUGGUAGUUGACUCGAUGCUCCUCUCCACUCGACGCAUAUUCGAUAGCUUUGAGCCCACGGAAACGGAAUCUCGCCUACGGGAUCUCUCCAUCCAGAUAUUCCGCAACUCAUCGAGGCCGCUAAAGCCACACAGGAACAUGACCAUUGACGAUUAUACGUCGUCUUUUACCGGAGAGAAUAUUCGCUGGGAGACUAUCGGGCUUAUGUUUGCUCUCUCCGGGAUGAGCCUACUGGCCACCCAUGAAACGGACCCUGCCAUAGCCGAACUUCAAGGGAGCCCGGAGGCUAAGGAGAGGCUUCUGAAUCAGAUCUCGGAGGCAACCAGCACUUGUAUUGCUUUCUGUGACCAUGCAGCCUCACCGAAUGAAAUACUUGCUUUUGCUCAGCACACAGAUGUGAUGCUGAGAACUCAACAAUAUGGUGAUUCCAGCUACCAGGCGUGGCGUCGGCUGGGAGACCUGUCCGCCACGGUGUAUGCGGCAGGGCUUCAUCAGGUCGAUGGGCCAGCGGACGAUGACUGCCCCUUUUUCCUGAAGCAAUUGAGGAGGGGUUGUUUUGCAGCUGCAUUCUAUAUCGACAAGUGUGUUGCCACGUUUGUCGGACGACCACCACUCAUCAACUAUCGUUACUGCACCUUGACUCCACCCCUUGAUCUAAGUGACGAUGUGCUCAUAUCUGGAGGUGAAGCCCUUGACAAUGCUGUCGCCCAACUAGACGCCGCAGGAUGGGACAGGCAGGGCAGGAGACACCGCACAAGCCUGAUUCGCAUUCGAUUCCUUUUAGCAAUCUAUCGAGAAGAAAUCCUCGAACUGGCGUUAGGAGUAGGGUAUCAGCAAGACUUUCCAAGAAAGGCCAGCAAAAUUCUGGAAAGAGCGCAAGCGGCCUGGGAGACCUGUCCGGACCAUCUCAGGUACGACCGCUGUUCCGAUAGUAAUCCCACCGGGUGGUAUGACACUGGCUCUCCGAUAUUCCUUCUGUAUCUCGACUAUCUAUACAGCGGGUUUUUGCUCCACAGGACCCUUAUCAAAUACACCGGACUCGGUCAAGUCCCGCUGUUUGACACUGCCAGGCAGCUCUUGUCGACCGUCCUCAGAAUCUGCAAUGAUCGGGAUAAUGCGACCGAUCGAAGCAGACACUAUUCGUGGAUUGUCCUGUACUACGGGCUUCCCAGCGCCUGCGUCCUUGCUUUCGAGGUGCUCCGUCAAACGCAACAAGCGGGACCGCACCCCGUCGUCUUGCCACGCGCAGAGGUAAUCCGUAACCUGAGCGUGUUUGUAUCCUGCCUCUCUUGGGUCGCACGCCCGGGCCAGGGGAAUUAUGGCAUGUGCAAGGAAGUGGAGAAGAAACUUUCCCACAUCUUGGACCGGAUUCUUGACCCUCCGAUUGCCGCCAGCGAAGACAUCAACUUCGUUAACGAUAUGGCGUCUGGACUGGAUAACUUCCUGGACUGGAAUAACUACAAUAACUGGGAGUUCAACUCGGACGUUUUCGGUCUCUGA